GAAAGGAGAGAUGGUUGGCAUCUCCCCUGACAGGGACGGGAACAGCCUUCGGGCUUUACCUGUUACCACACAUCCGGUUAAGGCUACCCACCUUCGUGGUGGAUCUCUAACCCAAUUUUUUUUUAGCUUUAUUUUCUUUUCAUUUAUCGGCAAUUUCACUGUGAAAAAUCAAGAAAACUGUCCCGGGGAUUUGCCCGAGAUAUUAGUAGCUUGUUUUGCUCUUUGAAUGCAGAAGAUAAGGCCCCAAAACUAUUCGGGGAUAAACCCUUCUGCCAUUUCUCCUUCUUGCUCAUUCUUCCUCUUCUCUUUCCAUGGCGUCUACGGUCUCUGCCGCUAUAGACCUCCCGUGUUCUCUGUCAAAUCCAGCCGACCCCAAGAACCGAAAUUGCUUCACCAGUUCCUUCAAGCCUCAUCCCUCAAGGAGGAGAUUCUUUGUCGUCUGCAGUGCUCCCAAGUCUCCAACGAGGGCUCCGGAGAGUUUUUCUGAGCAGAGCAGGAACAACCCAUCUUUGUCGGAGCAGCUGAAGCCUCUUUCCACAACUACGCUCUCCGCGCCGACAACUGCCCAGACGCAUGUCCUCAAAUCGAAGCCCAAGUCAACCUGGGUCAACCCCACGAGGUCCAAGCGCUCUGUGCUCAACCCUCGGAGACAGAAGCGGUCCCAGCACUCGUACAACCCCCGGGUUAAAGAGCUCAGGCUCUUUGCGCAGAAGCUGAAUGAGUGUGAGUCCUCUGAAAGUUCCUUCCUGUCUGUUCUCGAAGAGAUCCCUCACCCUCCCACCAGGGAAAAUGCACUUUUGAUCCUCAACAGCUUGAAAUCCUGGCAAAAGACCCACCUUUUCUUCAACUGGGUCAAGACCCAGAACUCAUUCCCCAUGGAGACCAUAUUCUACAACGUCACAAUGAAGUCCCUGAGGUUUGGGAGGCAAUUUCAGCUCGUUGAGGAACUUGCCAAUGAGAUGAUUAGCAAUGAGAUUGAUCUCGAUAACAUCACGUACUCCACCAUCAUUACCUGUGCCAAAAGGUGCUACCUUUUCGACAAAGCCGUAGAGUGGUUCGAGAGAAUGUAUCGAACCGGUCUAAUGCCUGAUGAGGUCACUUACUCUGCUAUCUUAGACGUGUAUGCUAAGUUGGGGAAAGUAGAGGAGGUGCUGAGUUUGUAUGAGAGGGCGAGGGCCACCGGAUGGAAGCCUGACCCCGUCACAUUCUCCGUCUUAGCUAAGAUGUUCGGAGAAGCUGGGGAUUAUGAUGGCAUUCGGUACGUGUUGGAGGAAAUGAGAUCUCUUGGAGUGAAGCCUAAUGUAGUCGUCUACAAUACCUUGUUGGAGGCAAUGGGCAAGGCUGGAAAGCCUGGUCUCGCAAGGAGUUUAUUCGAGGAAAUGGUCGAAUCAGGGUUGACCCCAAAUGAGAAGACCUUAACUGCCCUCGUAAAGAUUUACGGAAAAGCACGGUGGGCUAGAGAUGCCCUCGAGCUGUGGGAGCGUAUGAGGUCCAACGGAUGGCCCAUGGACUUCUUCCUUUAUAACACACUGUUGAGUAUGUGCGCUGAUCUUGGCCUCGUGGAGGAGGCUGAGAGGCUGUUCGAGGACAUGAAACAGUCGGAGAGUUCUCGACCGGAUAGCUGGAGCUACACCGCGAUGCUAAACAUACAUGGCAGUGAUGGAAAUUCGGACAGAGCUAUGGAGUUGUUUGAAGAGUUGUCCCGAUCAGGGGUUGAGCUCAAUGUGAUGGGAUGCACGUGCUUGAUUCAGUGCUUGGGGAAGGCAGGAAGAGUCGAUGAUUUGGUAAGGGUUUUUGAUGCUUCGGUCAAUCGCGGGGUCCAGCCCGAUGAUCGUCUUUGCGGUUGUUUGCUCUCAGUGGCUUCGAUGCGCGAAGAGGGUGAGGAUCUGCACAAGGUUCUUGGUUGUUUGGGUAGAGCGAACCCAAAGUUAGUUGCCUUCGUGAAGCUCCUUCAAGAAGAGAGUGUGAAUUUUGAGAAAGUAACCGUAGAGUUUAAGAGUAUUAUCAGUGAGACCGCAGUCGAAGCUAGGAGACCUUUUUGCAACUGCCUGAUUGAUAUAUGCCGAAACCAGAACUUGCACGAUAGGGCCCAUGAGCUCCUGUACUUGGGAAUUAUGUAUGGGCUAUAUCCAGGUUUGCACAACAAGACUGCUGAUGAAUGGAGUCUAGAUGUUCGGUCACUCUCGGUUGGGGCUGCGCAGACGGCGCUCGAGGAGUGGAUGAGGACCUUGUCUAGGAUCGUGAAGCGCGAGGAAGCGCUGCCCGAGGUAUUUUCAGCCCAAACAGGCACAGGAGCCCACAAAUUUUCUCAGGGACUUGCAAAUGCCUUCGCCUCUCACGUAGGCAAGCUUGCUGCCCCCUUUAGGCAAAGUGAGGAGAGGGCGGGUUGGUUCGUGGCAACCCGCGAGGAUUUGGUGUCAUGGGUCCAGUCCCAGAAUCCACCUGCUGUCGCAGCAUAAGUUGGAUGCUCGGGAUGUAAUUAAAGGAGGAAAACUUGUUCCUUGAUGGAUACUUUAGAUGUUUAUACUGCUUAUUUGUUGUUUAUUUUAGGGAGCAGCUUAAUGGUGAAGAAAAUCAAGAUCUGUAUUGCUCUUGCUGGUUGUAGGUCAGCAGUUACGAACUCUGCAUUACACGCUGCACCGCAUUGAUAGCUGAGCAGAUUUGACUGGCAACAUGCCAACAUCUUAUAAUUAAGGCUUCACGCGUUCAGCUUUGACCAUU